AUGUCGUUGAAUAUCCCCAACGCGCCAAAUGCCGGCUUGUUCAAGCAAGGCUACAACAGCUAUGAUUCCGAAGAUGGUGCUGUCCUGCGCAACAUCGAUGCCUGCCGGGCCAUCUCGUCGACGGUCCAGACAUCGCUGGGACCCUACGGCCGCAACAAGAUCGUCAUCAACCACCUGCAGAAAAUGAUCCUUACCUCUGACGCCGCUACGAUCCUACGCGAGCUCGAUGUCGUUCACCCCGCCGCCAAGCUACUCGUCAUGGCUAGCCAGCAGCAAGAGUCCGAGAUGGGCGACGCAACGAAUUUCGUCAUCGUCCUUGCUGGCGAGCUGCUUAAGAAGGCCGAGGAUCUAUUACGCAUGGGGUUGAAGGCGUCCGACAUCGUUACCGGCUACGAGCGCGCGCAAAAAAUCGCCCUUGAGAUGCUCGAGGAGCUCGAGGUUGACAAGGUGGAGGACCUGCAGUCUCAGGAGGAGAUCAGCAAGGCCAUAAAGACCGUCAUCGCCAGCAAGCAGAACGGAAACGAAGAGUUCCUGGCCAACCUGGUCGCAGAGGCUGUGCUGUCGGUGCUGCCCAAGAAUCCGGCCAACUUCAACGUGGACAACAUCCGCGUCGUCAAGAUUAUGGGUGGCAGCCUAGAGCAGAGCCGCGUCGUCAGGGGCAUGGUGUUCCCCAAGGAACCCAACGGGUCCGUGAAGAAGGCCAAGAAGGCCAAGGUCGGCGUUUUCACCUGCCCCAUCGAUAUCAGCCAGACAGAGACCAAGGGCACCGUCUUAUUACACAACGCCAAAGAGAUGCUCGAGUUCACCAAGGGCGAGGAGGAGCGUCUCGAAGCCGCUAUCAAGGAGCUGCACGACGUCGGCCUGCGCGUCGUCGUCGCUGGCUCCACCGUCGGCGAGCUGGCCAUGCACUACCUCAACCGCUACGGCAUCCUAACCAUCAAGAUUCUCAGCAAGUUCGAGUUGAGGCGGGUAUGCAGGGUCGUCGGCGCCACACCGCUUGCCCGCUUGGGCGCCCCCAUGCCCGACGAGAUGGGCCACAUCGACGUGGUCGAGACUGAGGAGAUUGGCGGCGACCGCGUGACCGUCUUCAGGCAGGAGGACGAUGCCACGAGGACGGCAACGCUCGUCCUCCGCGGCGCGACGCAAAACCACCUGGACGACAUUGAGCGGGCCGUCGACGACGGCGUCAACGUCAUCAAGGCCAUCACCAAGGACCCCCGGCUCGUACCUGGCGCGGGCGCGACAGAGAUUGAGCUCGUCGAGAGGAUACAAGCUGUCGGCGACAAGACACAGGGCUUGGCGCAGUACUCCAUCAAGAAGUUCGGUGAGGCCUUCGAGGUCGUGCCGCGGACCCUUGCCGAAAGCGCCGGUCUCGACGCGACCGAGGUUCUCAGCCGGCUGUAUGCCGCCCACCAAAAAGAGGAUGGCUGGUCUACGGGCGUGGAUAUUGAGAACCAAGAUGACACCGGCACGCUCGACGCCGAGGAGGAGGGCAUCCUAGACCUGCUCGUGAGCAAGCAAUGGGCUAUCAAGCUCGCCACUGAGGCCGCUCGGACCGUCCUCUCUGUCGACCAGAUCAUCGUUGCCCGGCAAGCCGGUGGGCCGAAGCCCCCUGGACCCAACGCCAACUGGGAUGAGGACUGA